AUGUUUCGUACAGCAAUUGAUCCUCUAUUUCUCGCACCCCUCGGGGCUCCAGUCGACAAGGUUUUCGAUCCAAAUACAAUAUCAGACUACGACGUUAAUAGUCGAAACCAGUACGGCCGCUUAACGCAGCAACCAAUGUCUGACUUGCCACUGCGCGACAAUACGGCCCUUUCGAUUAUCAGAGACACAAUGGUCAAUCUCGGUAGCAACCAUGACUCGGGGAUUAAGCUUUUUCCUGAUCUAAAAACUAUCAAAGCAGGUAGGCGGGGCGACGGAGCAAAUGGCUCGCAUCUGGCUUAG